UUCGCCAUAGUAGGUGUAAUACAUUUGCGUUUUGUUGAUCUCCUCUCGAUAAAGAUGGCCACUAGUCCCAAAAGACCGUCACUGGGAGCAGUAGCCCCUCGUAAAAAAGCAAACCCAAAGCCAGAACUGACAGAGGAGCAAAAACAGGAGAUCCGAGAGGCAUUUGAGCUCUUUGACACUGACGGCUGUGGUUACAUUGAAGUAAAGGAGUUAAAGGUGGCCAUGCGAGCAUUAGGUUUUGAGCCUAAAAAGGAGGAAAUCAGGAAGAUGAUUGCAGAGGUGGAUAAAGAUGCUACUGGCAAGAUCUCUUUCAACGAUUUUUUGAUGGUUAUGACUCAAAAAAUGGCUGAAAAGGACUCUAAGGAAGAAAUUCUUAAAGCAUUUCGGCUGUUUGACGAUGAUGAAACAGGAAAAAUCUCUUUCCGAAAUCUAAAGAGAGUAGCCAAAGAACUGGGGGAGAAUCUCACAGACGAAGAGCUACAGGAAAUGAUUGAUGAAGCAGACAGAGAUGGUGAUGGGGAAGUUAACCAGCAAGAAUUUCUUCGCAUCAUGAAGAAAACAAGUUUGUACUGAAUGCCACCAUAAGCACAGGAAAUCUUAAUUGCUAUGUAAGCAUCUUAAAUAUCUUUAUGAUUUCAUAGUUUUAUGCACAGUACAUUCCAAAACCAUGAUGCCUGUCAACACCAGGGGUCAUUCCAGGUCCAUGGGGUUUGCCAAAUAGUUAAGACGUCAGCUGUUUACAAACUAUAUAAACAAAUAUAAUCAGUAGCAUACAACAGAGUCAUAAAUAGAUGUAGUAUGCAUUCAAAUAUUCUUUGAAACAGUAAUUUUACUUUGAGUGUAUGCCUUACGGUUUGUUAUAUUAAAAUAUUUUAUGGAAAAUUAUUACCAUAUCACCGAUUGAACUAUCCAGGGCCCUUUUAAAUGGUUUAUUAUUAUAUUUUAAGUUUACAAAUGCUUCUGUUGACUUUUGCAUCAGUGUUUUGUAUGCUUUAUAAUACUUCACUGCGCUUUCAGGGACAUCUGUACUGUACCCUUCUUCGUGCCUCAGCUUGUGAAGAGAUUUUGGCAGUUUUAGCAAAUAUUAUGUCAUCCUGUGGUGUAAGUUUCCUAUUUGUACAUGUCGCCCUCAAAUUAGUUUCUGAUAUUUUGUAAUGGAGUACAACUGAGAUGCUAUUUAAGUAUUAUUUACAGUAGAAUAAAAUAUAUCA